UUCUCUCCUUGAUGAGUUUCCAUCCAUUGCUUCUUGUCCUGCCUUCAGGGGCUUUGGAGAACAGCUUGACUCCCUCUUCUUCGGGGCAACCCCUGAGAUAGACUUGUGAGUCUCAUAAAUCCUCCUUGGAUGAGAAAUAUCUUUCGGGGCAGAGAUGAGGUUAAAAAAAGGGUCAAGACGGUGAGCAGAAUUGCACCAUCAAUGUUCUGCCGCAGCGGCCAUCUUGGACUUUUUUGACUGCUCCUGAAGACAUCCUUGUGUGUCCAGGGGCUGGAUGGAAGUCGAGAAGCUGAGGGCCUCCCUUGUAUCUCCAAGGGAGAUCUCCGAUGGAGAACGACCACCGUGGAUCAGAUGUUCCCAUCCAGAGCUGGGCUAAAUGAAUGGAACCACAUCUCUGCAGGCCAUGGCCUCCAACGUCUUCUCUUUCUCCUUGAAAAGAAUGGAUUCUUUCGCACUGGACAAGGGAACUGAAACAGAGACAUGGGAGAGAGUAUUUUCCAUGCGUUGUCCCUCAAAGAGAAGUUGCCUCAAAAGGGCUGCUGAAGGAAAGGCUUAAAGACAAUGCAAAGACCGACCAAGCCUGGCAGCUGUGUUUUUCCAAAUCCCACCCAGAAUGCGGUUUCUUUUGUUUUCUCCUGAGAAUUAUUUCCUGCAUGCUGUCCUCGCGUGGCUGGGGCAAAGUCCCCAAUUCUUCUUGAUCUUGGGUGUGAUCGCCAGCUUGGAUUCGCAUGAUUGCUAUCUCCCUGCCUAUAAAUAGCUUUGGUGGAGGGCAGAUCGAAGACUCUGGAGAGGAGACAGAAGGUAGGUGGUCAUCCGGGAGGAGAAAGCAAAGAGAACAAGAGGAUGGGACGCCACACCUUCUGGGGAUUCUGCCUCUUGGCCUGCUUGACUGUGGGCUCCUGGGUGGAAGCAUCACCAAGCAUCCAGGGCCGAGCCAAGUGUCCCGAAGAAGCCGUUUAUUAUCGACAGCAGUGCUAUCAGCCGGUUGAUGUAGCCCUCACCUGGGACGCCGCAGAGAUUGAGUGCCAGCAGCUGAGGUCCGGAGGCCACCUGGCCACUUUCCGGACUGCUGCUGAGGAAAGAAUUGUCUCCUCCCACAUCAGGCGCUCCAGCACCACCACAGAUGCCUGGAUUGGGAUGCAUGCGGUGCGAACACCCAAGAAAUUCAUCUGGGAAUGGACUGAUGGAACCACCUACACCCCAGGAAGCCUCCUCUGGGACAACAGAGCCCCCAGCAUCAGCCUUUCCACCCUUGAAUGCAUCUCCGUCACCAACAUCCACGUUCCAGGAAAUGCAGCCAGGUGGAUCCAGCGCACCUGUGCCACCGUCCUGCCCUUCAUCUGCAAGUACAAAGCUUCCUUCUAGAUCCAACCAUCGGCGGAGGAGACCAGCAGAGGGUCUUUUCCUCACUGGGGACCAUCUAAGGAGGCUUCUGCAACCCCUCAAUUCCAUUGGAGAUCAACCUCCUGACCCUCCUUGACCCCAAAAUGACAACCUCCCUCCUGUGGCUUUUUUUUUUGCUCAUUGUUGAUGGUUGCUAAUCUUAAGGCUCUUACGGUUUUUAUACCUGUGCUUUUAUCCCAUCCUGAGCUGCCCACUGAGAUGGCCGCAUAUAAAUUUAACAAAUAAAUCAAUUGCAAACUGG